AUGGGAGAAGUGAUUCCGGUGACGAUGAAGAAAGAAGGCGGAAGUUCCUCGUCCAUUAAGUGUCCGAUGCUCACCUCGAGCAACUACACGGUAUGGGCUAUGAGAAUGAAGAUAACGUUGAAGGUACACAAAGUUUGGGAAGUGAUUGAGACAGAAUCUGUAAAUGGCGAUAAAAAUGACUUGGCUACGGCCUUGUUGUUCCAAUCUAUCCCAGAAGCUCUUAUACUUCAAGUAGGAGAUCUUGAUACAGCCUAUAAAGUGUGGGAUGCGAUUAAACUGAGACAUAUGGGAGCAGAAAGAGUAAGAGAGGCACGACUGCAAACGUUAAUGGCUGAGUUUGAUCAGUUGCAAAUGAAAGACUCCGAGAAGAUUGAUGACUUUGCUGGAAAACUCUCUGAGAUUUCAUCAAAAUCUACGGCGCUAGGAGUCAAUAUUGAAGAACCAAAACUCGUCCGAAAGUUCCUUAAGUGUCUCCCAAGAAAGAAGUACAUACAAAUCGUGGCUUCUUUGGAACAAGUGCUAGACCUAAACAAUACAGGUUUUGAAGACAUAAUAGGGCGUUUAAAAGCAUAUGAAGAACGUGUAUCUGAAGAAACAGAAGUAGAAGAAGAAAAAGGAAAACUUAUGUAUGCAAAUAGCGAAAGUCAAAAAUAUCAGUCUAAUCAAAGCGACAAUGGAGGAUCGACUGCCCGGAUCUUCGUCUCAUGCUCCAAGAAACACAAAGUCGAGAAUGAUGAGACGCAGAACGCAGACGAGCUCAUGAUGCACGAGCUGGUUUUCUUGAAUGAGAAGAACGUAGUCCCGGAGAAGUUCGAGACGAAUGCAUGA